AUAACGCAGUUUCUUGGAAUACCAUUUGCAGAGCCGCCAGUGGGUGAACUGAGAUUUCAAAAACCGGUGCCACAUGCAAAGUUCACUAGCACGUAUGACGCCACGGAAUAUGGUUUACCGUGUUCUCAAAAAAUUUUCAGGAGUAAAUUAUCCCUUAUGAAGAAUGUAAAUAAAACUGGAGAAGAUUGCUUACAUCUUAAUAUUUUUGUUCCUAAAAUUGUUGGCAACGAGAAAUAUCCUGUCAUGCUUUUUAUUUAUGGUGGUUCUUUUAUCCACGGUGCAUCUUUAGCGUAUGAUGGUGGAAUCCUGGCAUCCUACGGGGAUGUUAUAGUUGUAACCAUCAACUAUAGAUUAGGGCCUUUUGGAUUUUUGUCCACUGGAGAUGAAGAGCUACCAGGUAAUGCAGGUCUUUGGGAUCAACAUCUAGCUAUUAAAUGGGUAAAAGACAAUAUUGCUUCUUUUGGUGGCGAUGACUCUAGGAUAACAGUGUUUGGUGAAUCUGCUGGCGGUUCCAGUGUUUCAUUCCAAACUCUAUAUCCGGGAAACAAGGGACUUUUUCAAAAUGCAAUAGCCGAGAGUGGUGCAGCAAGUGCUUUUUGGGCAACUGUUCCAGCUUCAGAUGCAUUCGACAAUGCUAAAAAAUUCGCAGAAAAAUUUGAUUGUGAUACUUCUAACUCUCAAACGAUUGUAAGAUGUUUACAA